AUCUUGACCAGCUAUUGGAUCCGGGUGUUUCUGGUCAAAGCAUAACUUGUCCACUGAGACAGAAAGCCACUAUGGAAGGAGGCCAGAGCCGUACUGUUGCCCAGUCCUACCUUGCAUGGUCCAUCUUCAACACUUUGUGCUGUUGUCUGCCUCUAGGGAUUGCUGCCAUUGUCUACUCCAGUCGGGUACAAAGUGCAAAUGCCGCUGGUGAAACAGUUGCAGCCGAAGAGGCAUCGAGGACAGCAAAGAUCCUGAACAUCAUUGCGCUUGUCUGUGGAAUAAUUGUGCUCAUUAUUGUCAUCGCUCUCAGAGCCAGUGCAGCAGGGCAACAAUGAGGAUGCCUACUUUGACUGGCAGACAUUUGGAAUCUCAGCAAUGCAUUUGUUUGCCUGGACUUGCCCUGGCCCUUAUAAAAAA